AUGGAGGAUCUCCCGGAGGUACUGCAGGCAGAAAUCGUCCAGAGGAUUACCAGGACAAGCGAUCUGAAUUCUCUUUCCCUUGUGUCAAAAAGUCUGUGCGUCGUUGAGGCGAAUCAAAGGGCCUCUAUCCACUUAGGAUGCAGCUUGUUUUCUGCUACAGAAACCUUGUCAUCGCUUUGUUCCCGAUUCUCCAAUUUGUCGAAAAUGGAAAUCAAUUACACCGGUCAAACCUUGAGCUUCUUCUCAUACAUUGAUGAUUCUGGUCUUAGUUGUCUAGCCAAUUGUAAGAAGUUGAUGUCGCUCACACUAAACUCUGUACCAAGCAUAACUUCAAGGGGACUUCUCUCGGUGGCAAUUGGCUGCAACAAUUUAUCUGCUCUCCACCUUAUUGAUUGCAAGAAAAUAAGCAGCGGAGAGUGGCUAGAGUACCUUGGCUGGAAUGGAUCACUGGAAGAACUUGUAGUAAGGAAUUGCAACAGAAUCAGGCAGCCUGACCUACUAAAGUUUGGUCCAGGAUGGAUGAAGCUUUGGAAGUUUGAGUUUGAGAGCAAGGUAGAAAUAGAUGAUAUGCUUGGGUUUAAUGAUCCCUUAUAUGAUGUGCACAACCCGAGUGCAUGUGAUUUCCUCUGUGACAAUUUGAAGGAUUUGAGGUUGGUGCAUAUUCAAGCAAGGUCAGAGCUGAGACUUUGUCUUCUCUUGGGGAAAUGCAAAGCAUUGGAGAAGCUAUGCCUUAAGUAUGUUGUAAGUCUAACCGACAAUGACAUGAUUGCGCUAUCCCACAGCUGCAACAAUCUUAAAAGCAUUUCACUAUGGCUCAUGCCUCCUCAGUAUGUUGCCGAUGACAAUGAUUUUCUUUACAUACCAUCGGUUACUGAUCACAGUCUUCAGGCUUUAGCUCUCGGUUGUCCUAUGCUUCAGAGCGUUGAACUUACAUUUCAUGAGGGCACAUUCUACUUGCCAGAUAUAGGCUUAACACUAGAGUGCGUUAGGAUUCUCAUUCAGUCUUGUCAGAUUCGUGUUCUUGUGCUUAACGGAGCUGACUUCUUUGAUGAUGAAGGGAUGAUGGUACUUUCAUCCUCACCAUUCCUGGAGACACUCGAGCUUGCGGUGAACGAUCGGGUAACAGAUGCUGGGAUGCAUUCCAUUGCGCGCACCCCGUGCUUGAGGAGUCUGACACUCCGGUUGUGUAGUCAGGUGACUGAUGCUGGAUUAACCGAGCUGGUACAUUCACAGAAGUUGGAUUCUCUGAUCAUCGAAGGAUGUGCUUGCAUCUCUCCGCAAGUUGCCCAAGGCGCAGCUAGAUCAGUUCACUACUCUCUGGAGUCAGCAAGCAGGAACCGUCUCAGUAGAAUAUAA